AAUUUCCCUUUCUAAUCUUUUUUCUGCCUCAGUAUGGGGGCCGAUGCCAGGCAUGCCAGCUCAGGGGAUGCCACCACAUGGAAUGCCAGGAGGGCCCAUGGGAGGUCCUAUGCCUGGGCAGAUGGGUGGGCCGAUGGGAGGCGCACCACCCCAAGGAGGAUAUGCCCCCUAUGGUGGAGGCUAUCCAGGCACAUAUGGUGCUCCACCAGCUGCCAAUGAUCCAAUGUGGGGUUACUUUACAGCCAUAGCAGGCCAGGACGGUGAGAUUGAUGCAGAGGAACUCCAGAGGUGUCUGACUCAGUCUGGUUUCACUGGCAGCUACACUCCUUUCAGCCUGGAUACAUGCAGGAUCAUGAUUGCAAUGCUUGAUAGGGACUUUACAGGCAAGAUGGGUUUCAAUGAGUUUAAGGAGCUGUUCACGGCUCUGAACGGCUGGAAGCAGAACUUUAUGAUGUUUGACCAGGACAGGAGUGGAACUGUGGAGCCUCAUGAGAUGACACAGGCAAUCGGUGCUAUGGGCUACCGCAUCAGUCCUCAGGCUCUGAAUGCAAUCAUGAAGCGCUACAGCAAAAGUGGAAGAAUCUUCUUUGAUGACUACGUGGCCUGCUGUGUCAAACUGCGAGCUCUCACAGAGAACUUCAGGCGGAGAGAUACCAUGCAUCAGGGAUCUGUCACCUUCCAGUAUGACGAUUUUAUCCUGUGCACAAUGGCCAUCUAAGUGCUGCUGUCUGUCCCACACCACGAGGUCAGGGUCUUUAACCAACCAAUCAGUGGCUGAUUCUGGAACAGUGCCUCAAAGGAAUGCAAAGGGAGGCCAGUAAAUUAGACGGCAGCUAUGAGCUGCAACAUGAAAGUACCCAUUGCUUGUAAUGCUUGCCAUAAUGCUUUAGUCUUGUAUGUCACAGAGGGAUGUGCUGAAGAUGUAUCAGGUGUACACACACACACACACACACACAUAUACAGUAUGUAUCCACAUUAGAGGGGAAUAUAAUACAUUUCUAUAAUAUAAUACAUUGUAGUAUCUUUAAAUUUCUAUUGAGAUUUUUGCCUUUCAAAAUAAAAGUCACAGACAAAAUUGCACAUUAGUGUCAGAAUAAUUAGAAAAAUGCUGCAAUCACAUAAAAUGUUUUUACACAUUAAACCUUUGAGGGAUGGAGUUUGGGAAUUUCUGAAUUAGAAAUUAAUGUACCAGUAAUGUUUAACUAGUCAGAAUAUUUUGCUUUAGGUCUCUCAUUUUUGAAUAUGAAAAGAGAACUGAUAUUAGAGGAUUGUUCCGAUAUGUGAGGCCACCUAUUGUGCCAUUAUAAUCUCUGAAUGUAUAGUCAAAUGUAUUAAAACCAUUUAUAUAGAACAUAGUAAUUUCAGCAUCAUAGUUAAUGAAUAAAUGUUAGCAGCAUUUACAGAUAACAUGAUACACUGAACUUCAGACAGUUCUGAACUUAUAUUAUAACUAGUGCAUUUUCUCAUGUGUAUUAUCCGUGUUAAUGGUAUUUUAUAUACAGGAAAUAUUGUGCACUUCUGUUUUAUAUAACUCAUAUCUAAGACUAACUACAUUAGAUUGUAGAUGCAUAUUACCUUGAUGUCUAACUUGAUAACAAGCCAAAGUGACUGUGAGCUGAUAUAAACCCACACUGAUACCUGUUACUAAUGAUACUGAGAUAUUAAAGUAUUGUCAUAUAGCUGCAGUAUGUUCAUAUGCUGACUUUUUGUUUCCACAGCCAGGUUUUACACUUUAAGGUUACAGUGAAGUCAAUCUGCACACAGCUAAUGUUGUAAGAAAUAUCAUAUUUUGUUACUCAUAAUAAACACUUUAUAAUCA